UUUAUGCUCUAACCUCUGUUUUUCGUGAAUCGUGUAAUGUGCACAUACCACUGCAUACCAUGAAGAAUAGAAGAUUGUUCUGGAUUCUUCAAGAUACGUUGAUCAGUAGAUCAGUAGGAUUGUGUUUCCUGUCGUGUCGUGUGUGUUGACGGAGGAUAUAUAAAUAAAAUUUUAAAAACUCAUGACAUAUUACAUAAAACGUGAUAUUGUACCCCAUAAAGAAUAAAAAUACGAAAACUUUUGGGGAAUAUAAUAAUUAGAAGAAAAUGGCUGAAGAAAGUAAAAAAAUUUCUUUUGGUUUUGCAAAGUCUAUAAAAAAGCCAAUUUUGGACAAACAGAAGCUAUACGAGGAGAAGAAAGUGGAUUAUAUCGAGUGUCUAGAUGAAAAGGCGAUUAAAGUAAUUGGGAAAGAAGAGAAAAAAGAAGAACCUCUUAUUAUUCCACUUUUGGAGUCUAAUACCUGGCACAAUAGAAUCGUUAGCAAAAUAGAUGCUUCAAAGUCAAAAACAAGUAAAGAUGUGAUACAAAAUGUCAAGGUUAAGGAAGAGUCAAAAGAAGUAUCAAAUGGUGUUUUGACAUCACGUAAUAAGGCUGUCUCUUCUUCCAACGUACAAAUAAAAACAGACGUGUCCACUGAAAGUAAAACCACCCUCACUUUGGAUGAGCAGGCAGCUAAAGAAAUCAUAGAAGAUCUCAAAUCGACAGAAAAGAACCAAGAUGAAUUAUGUGAUAUAACUUUAUCUUUAGUUAAGGGACAGGAUUUAAAGGGUGCGGAAGAAAGUACAUUAGAAGAUUACGAGAAGGUGCCACCAAGUAUCUUUGGUUCAGCUAUGUUACGAGGUAUGGGAUGGAAACCUGGCGAAGGAAUCGGUAAAAAUCCAAAACUUGUAACACCCACUGUACCUGAAUUACGGCCAAUAGGGAUGGGACUUGGCGCAGAUAAGAUAGCUUUGCAAAAACAUGAUGGAAAAACUUGGAAAAAAGAGGAAGAAUUACGAAUAGAGAAAGGAAGUUUUAUAAAAAUUAUUGCUGGCAAGCGAUCCAACGCAUAUGGCCAAAUAGAAGGCUUUGACGAUGCGGGAAGAUUAAUCGUGAAAAUGGCACUGAAUGGAAAUAUCGUCUCCGUGAACGAGGGCAUAGUUCAAGUAGUAACAAAGGCGGAAUAUUCGAAAAAUUCUAAAGUUCUAAAUGCUGCUAAAUAUGAAGAACAUAAGAAAAAGGAAGAUGCAAGCAAAUCAAGAUCUGCAUCAUUGGAAAAUUUUAGCACGAACGGUAACAGCGAUUCAGAUAUACCUGAUAGAAAAAGGAAGCACAAAGAGAAUCAUCAUGCCCAUGGACACAGAUCGAAGAAAUCAAGUAAAAAAUCAAAAAGCCAACGAAGGGAUUCAUCUGACAGGGAGAGGGAGAGGGAGAGUGACAGUGACAGUGACAGUGACAAUAAGAAGGGAAAUAAAACUCGAAGGCGCUCCAGUAGUAGCGAUAGGACUAAAAAGACAAAGAAAUCCAGGAAACAUAAAGGACGAGAUAAGGAACGAGAACGACGAGAGGAUAAAGUAUCAGGACCCUUGGAAUCUUUCGAUAGAAGAAAAUCCAAAAAACACAGGAGAUCACGAUCAUCCAGUAGACGAUAACGUAUAUAAAUCGCAACAUACAUAACAUAACAUACAUAGAUACAUAAAUGUUUUACGUUCUAUAUCAACUUGUACAAUUUUAUUUAUAUCUCUUUUUAAUAAAACAUAUUUUUCCAUA